GAACGAAGUGACAGUAACUAGUACGGUGUAAAUCAAAUCCAUAGAACAACAGUAUUGUUAAUUAAGAACGUCAAAAUAUAAGGUCUAUAAUAGAAACUGUUGAAGAUUAACCAUGGGAAGUAAACCUCCAGAGACGAAUGUAAUAAAUUCCAACAAGACAGUCGUGGUAACAGGAUUUGGACCAUUCAGUGGCCAUGACGUUAAUGCUAGUUGGGAAUCAGUGAAAGAAUUAAAGCAACUAGGAUUAGGAGAGAAUAUCAAGCUAGUUAUACAAGAAUUACCAGUAGAAUACGAAUCGGCUCAAAAACUUAUACCUCAAUUAUGGCAGACCAACAACCCUGAUUUAGUAAUCCAUGUUGGAGUAAGUUCUAUGGCCUCAGAAUUAACGCUGGAACAGAAGGCUCAUAAUGAUGGUUAUUGUAGAGAGGAUGUGAAAGGAACAUUUCCACUGACAGAAUGUUGUGUAGAAGGGGGAGAUAACUGUAUAGUUUCUGGUAUUGAUAUGAAACAUGUUUGUGAAGCCGUCAAUAAUUUACCAUUAAAAAUAAAAUCUAUAGUAUCACACGAUGCAGGAAGGUAUCUGUGUGAUUUUUCCUACUACAGAUCGUUACAUAUCGACCAAUCGAAAGCAGCCUUUAUACACGUUCCUCCAUUGAAUACGCCCUACACCGCCAGUGAAAUAGCUGAAGGGUUAAAGGCUGUCAUACUAUGUAUUUUAAAACGUGAACAUCCAUCUUGAUGGGACCAAAUUUUAAAACUUUUAUUCUAAGUAUAUAUUUAAAACCAAUUAAUGAUAUCUAUUUUAGGAGAACCCACAUUCAUACCUUAUAUUUACAUUGGCCUGUCAAUCAUAAAGUGGGCGUGUCAUAAGGUUUUCAGCGUUUAUUGGGUCAUAAUGAUAUCAAGAUACAGAUUUCAGCGUUUAUUGGGUCAUAAUGAUAUCAGGAUACAGAUUUCAGCGUUUAUUGGGUCAUAAUGAUAUCACGUAUGGUUAGGUAUAUUGAAGAACAUUAGUUCUAUAAAUAUGUUCUUCAUAACCUACAGAUUAUUUUGAUUGGUUCCUUUCACAGAUCUCUGUUGUCUCUAGUUUAUUUUUGCACAUGGAUUAAAUAUUUGAAUAUUGUACAUUACUCUUCACACAAACUAAGACCAAGGGACACUACUACUGUGUUAGUUUAUUACAGACCAAUAUUAAUUGUUAUGAGCAUAGAUCUCACUACGCAAAUAAUGCCCAAUUACUGCUUUUUUGAUAAAGCGUAGCAUUUCUUUCAAAUGGUUACAUUGUUGAUAUUGUGAUUUAAGAAAUAAAUAAAUAUCUUUUGCUAU